AUGGGUUCAGUAGCAAAUGGAGCCCUUGCUGACCUGAGUUAUAAUGAAGAUCCUCGUAUCAUCACUGGCCAUUGGAAGCCUGAGAGCAGCUCCAGAGAAUGGAUUCAGAAUGGAAUCAAAGAAUGGUAUGAGGUGGAGAAGACACCCAUCCACAGUGAGGGUCCUCCUCCCAUGCGGCUGGAAGUAGCCAUUACCAGACCUGUGACUUCCCCUCUACAUCAGCAUCUACCACUCAGGGUCCCCAUGGCUGGCUACAGUCUCUCUGCUGUUAAAGCCUCCAAGAUUGGUAUUAUUGCUGCCAUUUUGCAGAUUGAAUUUCCAUAUAACCAAAACGCAUUCCUUGGCCUGAAGCGUUAUCUCAUUAAAGCUGGAUAUGUGACCUACAUCGAAGCCAACAAUGGGGCUGUGAAGAGGAAAAGCGGGUAUGAUACUUACAUCACAGAAUUCGACCUUGAAGUGGAAGAGUAUGUCACCUUACCAAAAGGGGAUAUUCACAAGAAGAAAGAAAUCAUCCAGUAUGUGUCCUUGCAUGACUGGAUGUGGCCAACACAUGGCCCGGGGGGGCAAAACAUCCUGUCUAUGAUGGGCAAGUUAAUGGAGCCAAAGAAGACCGAAAUCACAGACAAACUGCAAGGGGAGACUAACAAGGUGGUGAAUAAGUAUAUUGAUCAGGGUAUUGCUGAGCUAGUUCCAGGUGUGCUCUUUGUUGAUGAAGUCCACAUGCUGGACAUCGAGUGUUUCACCUACCUUCACUGGGACCUGGAAUCUUCUAUUGCCUCCAUCAUCAUCUUUGCAUCCAACCGAGGCAUCUGUGUCAUCAGGGAUACUGAGGACAGCACCUCUCCUCAUGACAUCCCUCUUGACCUUCUGGACCAUGUGAUAAUCAUUGGGAACAUGCUGUACACCCCACAGGAAAUGAAACAGAUUAUUAAAAUCUGAGCCCAGAC